AUGCGAGCAGCAGCCAUCUCCACGCCGAGGUUACACAAGAUGCCAGGGAUCUUCUCCGCGGCCCCAAAGGAACUGAAAGACUCGGAUCACUCGCUUCUAGACGACAAAACGCAGAAGAGGCGGCCAAAGACCUUUGGGAUGGACGUGAAAGCGUACCUGAGAUCCAUGAUCCCACAUCUGGAAUCCGGGAUGAAGCCUUCCAAGUCCAAGGACAUACUGUCUGCUGAUGAAGUGAUGCAAUGGUCUCAGUCCCUGGAAAAACUUCUUGCCAACCGAACUGGUCAGGAUGUUUUUGGAAGUUUCCUAAAGUCCGAGUUCAGCGAGGAGAAUAUUGAGUUCUGGCUGGCUUGUGAAGACUAUAAAAAAACAGAGUCUGAUCUUCUGCAUGGCAAAGCAGAGAAAAUAUACAGAGCAUUUGUGCACUCGGACGCCGCUAAACAAAUCAACAUUGACUUCCGCACUCGAGAGUCUACAGCCAAGAAGAUCAAAUCUCCAACCCCCACGUGUUUUGAUGAAGCCCAAAAAAUCGUAUAUAUGCUCAUGGAGAAGGACUCCUACCCCAGGUUCCUCAAAUCAAACAUUUACUUAAAUCUUCUCAACAACCUUCAGGCGAAUAGCCUGAAGUGA